UUGUCAUUCGCAAAAGCAAAACCCGAGUUGUCCACUUUCCACCAAAGAACUCAACAGUCAAUGAUGGCGCUUCUUCGAGUCCUCCUGUGCCUGUUCGCCGUGGCGGUCACCGUUAGCGAGUGUGCGCACGUCCUGCAAAAGAGGAGCUUCGUCCAGCUGGGCUGCAUGGGAAUGUUCGAUCGCUCCAAGUUCGCCCGCCUAGACGCAGUCUGCGAAGAGUGCUACGAGUUGUACAGAGAGCCAGACGUCAGCGUCAUGUGCCGAUCAAAUUGCUUCAAAAAUAAAGUCUUCUCCAAGUGCGUUGAUGCUCUGUUGCUUCAAGGCGAACAAGAAGAACUCGACAACUCAGUCCGGCAACUCUACGGGCGGAGGAAAUGAAAAAGAAAAAAAAAUAUGACACCAUUUGAAUAUUUUUGCCAGGAAUAUGUACAUUGGAGAGCUUAAACUCGCUUUAAAUUAUUGACGCAUUGUUUUUUCAUCCAUUCGUUUUUAUUUUACAUUAUUUGUUGAGAUUAUUUAUUUUCACGAUGACGACGGCGUUGAUGCGGCGGCGGAGCGUCACAAAAUGUUAUGACGUCAUUCGUCCCGUGACGUUCAUUGGCCAGAGAAUUCAUUUAUCUGUGUUAUUUAUUGAACCUCAAAUUUAUUGUUUUUGACUUUUAAGUCGGAGAAGAAAUAUACAAUUUACAACAUAUUUUCUUUACAUUUGUGAUUUUAUUGUCAAAUGAAUAAAUUUAUUAUGGCGAAA